AUGCAAACAUUCAAGCUCACUGCAACUGGGUACAAUCUCAACUAUCUGCCCGAAUACAUCGCGCUCCGUCACGGCUUCUUCCGCGAGCAAGGUCUCGAUGUGACCGUCAACAUUCCCGUGCCUUGGGACGGAGUGCUUGAUGCGCUCGCUGAUGGCUCGGCCGAUAUGGCGCUCGGGGGAAUCUGGGUGCCGUCAAUGUACCGCGACAGGGUGCAGAAUUAUACCGUGUUCGCCCAAAUAGCCAAUCGAUGUCCACUGGCCAUUCUGCGGCGCCGUGGCGAUGACAAAUUCCAGCUGUCCGAUGUGACAGGCAAAACUGUGCUCAUGAAGUCGGGCGGGGGCGCCAGCGUCGGCUUGUUCUUCAAGAUGUUGCUGCGGGAGCAUAACGUCGAUGCCAGAUCCGUCGACUACAUUCAGGAUCUCGACGGCAAAAUGCUGGGGGAUUUGUUCCAAGGUGGCAUGGGUGACUAUUUUGUGACCGACUAUCUCUCGGCCCGAGUCAUUGCCUCUAGCAAUCCCAACGUCACGAUCGCUCUGGAGGCUGUCACCCAGGGAGAAGUUCCCUGGAGCGUCUACUAUCGUGAAAGUGGAACCAUCACGCCCGAAAUCCUCGAUGCACAGAAGCGAUUCUGCAUUGCCCUCGGCCAAGCAAUCGACUGGGUUCUAGAACGCGAUGCAGAAACUUUCCAGGACGAGCUUGCGGAGCUCUUCCCUGCUGUUCCGGUAGAUGUUGCCAUUGCGGUCACCAACCGUUUCCGCCAAGAAGGCAUGUGGACGUCCACGACGAUCCCUCGCAAAGCGUUCGAUCGCUGGCAGCGUGGCCUUACCGAUGCCAGACUCGUCAAAGAACCGCUCGUAUAUGAAGAACUCGUCGAGGAUGGGCCUUCGACCGCGGCAGAAAAGCAGCGUGCUGCAAGCAAAGCAAGCUUUCUUCCGGCCCAGCUGUAG